GAAAGCAGAUAAACCAGCUCUAUCUCUUAACUAAAAAACACUGUACUAAAAGCACUGUAGUUGGCACUGGAAGCUGAAGUCACUGUAUAUUAACUCUUCUCUUUUUCUCUCUUUAUCUUUCUCGUUUCAAACCCUAAAUAUUAUUAGAAAUUUUAAUUAUUUCUGAAAAAUAAAAUAUUAUAUUUGUAUUUAUCUCUCUCUCUCUCACUCUAGAGUUCUUGGUCAUAAUUUUUUUUGUUCAUUUUGUUUUGUGAGUUUUUCUUUGGUUUGUGCGACUGUAAAUGGGUGAAGACCCAGUUGAGGAUUCUGAGUAAUGGAAGCUGACCCAGUUCACGCCAUAACCUACAUUGGUCCCUAAAUGGGGAAAGCUGAAGAGGAACAGAAUCCGGUGUCGAAUACGGGCGCCCAAGCUGACGGUAAUCCCAAUUCUCAGACCCGAUUUGGGUGUCGGUGCGCUCGGAUUCGGAGGCUCAUUGGCUUGAAAUGCAUCUUCAUUCUCUUGCUCUCCAUUGCUGUUUUUCUCUCCGCCAUUUUCUGGCUGCCUCCCUUUCUUCAGUUCGCGGAUCAGGCCGAUCUGGAUCUCGAUUCUAAGUUUAAAGAUCACGGGAUAGUAGCAACUUUCAACCUUUUAAAGCCAGUUUCUUUGCUUGAAGAUAACAUCUUGCAGCUUGAGGACGAUGUUUUUGAUGAAUUAGGCAGUGUUGCCUCAACCAAGGUGGUUGUCUUGUCUCUAGAACCCUUCAAAGGAUCAAAUGAAACAACAGUUAUAUUCGCUGUCGACCCUGAAGCAAAAUAUUCAAAAUUGUCUGAAGCUGCUGAAAGUUUGAUCAGGGGGUCUUUUGAGAUUUUUUUUACACGCCUGCCAUUAUUCCACCUAACCCCUUCUCUGUUUGGGGAACCCAAGUCUUUCGACGUCCUAAAAUUUCCAGGUGGAAUUACAAUUAUUCCCCAACAGAAUGCUUUUCUUCUGCAGAAAGUGCAAUUCUAUUUUAAUUUUACUUUAAACUUCUCUAUCCAUCAAAUACAAGCAAAUUUUAAGGAUUUGACAAGCCAACUGAAGUUGGGGCUACAUCUUGCACCUUAUGAGAACUUGUAUGUUAACUUAUCAAACUCAAAAGGUUCAACCAUAUCUGCACCUACUGUUGUCCAGUCGUCUGUUUUACUGACUGUUGGCAAUACAAAUCAGAGGAUGAAGCAACUGGCUCAAACCAUCACAGGUUCUCACUCAAAAAACCUUGGUCUAAACAAUACUGUAUUUGGAAAGGUCAAGCAAGUUCGUCUUUCUUCUAUCAUGCAACAAUAUCUUCAUGGUGGUGAUAGCAGUGCCUCUGCUUCUUCACCGUCUCCCGCUCCUUUUUCUCAUGCCCACCACCACCACCACCACCGCCACCACCACCAUCAUCAUCACCAUCACAGUGCACAUCUUGCUCCUGCUAUUUCACCUGUACCUGCCAGCCAGAAAGGUUCACCUGCAACCCAGAAAGGUGUGCCUGCACCUGAAGAUGGUGCACCUACCCCGGCAGAAAGUUCUCAUGAGAAAAACUAUGAAGCAAAGCCACCUGGUUGCAGAUUUAGAUACAGAUCUAAAGGGGAAGAGAGAAAGCGCCUUCACUUGGCUCCUGCAGUUGCACCGGCAAAACCAAAUGUAUCUCUACAUCAUCCAUCGGCCUCACCACAUAAGCAAGUAGCCCCUCCAAAACACACACCCAAUUCCGUACCUGUUUCCAGUCCUUUGCCAAGUGUAGUUUUUGCUCAUACUCAGCCUCCAUCAAAGAGCAAACCAGAUAAUGAGCAUUUUGACUCAAGGCCGGUGAUUGCACCAAUUCCUCCUACAUCUGAUGCAGGUUCAGGCUCUCCUCCCACUGUUCAGUUGGUAUUGUCCCUGUUACUUACUCUUGUAUUACAUCUAUAACAAAAAAAGGAUUAAAAACAUCAAGAAAGAAAAAAUAGAGAGAAAAAUGAAUGCUAAGUUUUCUAGAUAAACUCACUAGUCCGGUUUCCAGGAAGACUCAACUAUACCAUUCCGAUCGGAACUAGGGAAAGUUUCUGUAAUUGUGAGCUACUCAAAAGGGCUAGCGUCACAUCUGAGUGGAUAUAUGCUGUUCCUAUGCGUGUAAAUAUUGAUUAAAAUCCCAGCCAGCAAAUGUAUAUUCUGGUCAAAGUCACAGAGGUGGCAGGCCACUAGUUAAAAUGCAUUGUUGCUGAUUUGUGUAUUCUCUACUGCAGAAAAUGUAAGGGGAAGAGAAAGAGAAAGACAAACAAAAACAAAGUUUAUCUUUCAUUACCAUUUUGUUAAGUCCCAGUCAAUUCCAUUUAGUGAUAUGCAUCAUUAAAAUGUC